UUCGAGCACCUGAACAGCACCGCCAUGCACCUCCCGCUGCACCACUCGCGGGGCCCCUGCUCGUCGGUGUCAGUCCCGUCGGACCUCCCCUUCUCGGCGGUGCUCACCCACGACGACGCCCGCAUCGCGUUCCUGGCCACGCGCCUCGCCAAGGCGGCGCCGGCGUCGUCCUCGGCGCGCGCCACGGUGAUGGUGGCCUCGCUCUACCAGGCGAACGACGACACCGCCGUCGACGGCUCCCUCGCGUCGGUGCCGCUGACGCCGGGCACGUCGUACGGCGUGGACAACUACGUGACCCGCAUGGGCCUCGGCACCCCGGCCAAGCCCUACAUCAUGGUGGUGGACACGGGCUCCUCCCUCACCUGGCUCCAGUGCUCCCCCUGCCGGGUGUCGUGCCACCAGCAGUCCGGCCCGGUGUUCGACCCCAAGACGUCAAGCUCCUACGCCGUCGUCUCCUGCUCCACGCCGCAGUGCAACGACCUCUCCACCGCCACGCUCAACCCGGCCGCCUGCUUCUCCUCCGACGUCUGCAUCUACCAGGCCAGCUACGGCGACAGCUCCUUCUCCGUCGGCUACCUCAGCAAGGACACCGUCUCCUUCGGCUCCAACAGCGUGCCCAACUUCUACUACGGGUGCGGGCAGGACAACGAGGGCCUCUUCGGCCGCUCCGCCGGCCUCAUGGGCCUGGCACGCAACAAGCUCUCGCUGCUCUACCAGCUCGCGCCCACCCUCGGCUACUCCUUCUCCUACUGCCUCCCCUCCUCCUCCUCCUCCGGCUACCUCUCCAUCGGCUCCUACAACCCGGGCCAGUACUCCUACACGCCCAUGGUGUUCAGCACGCUCGGCGACUCUCUCUACUUCAUCAAGCUCUCCGGGAUGACCGUCGCCGGGAAGCCGCUGGCCGUGUCAUCCUCCGAAUACUCCAGCCUGCCCACCAUCAUCGACUCCCUCAUGCACCAUCGAUGA